AGGAAACAAGAAGUGACAUACUGCUGUCUGAAAUUUCACACACUUCUUUCCAUGCCAAAAAAGAAGCAAACACCUACAAGCAAAGACCGCAAAGAACCUUCUCGUCCACCUUUGCCAUGGAGGCUCAUUGCAGUGGUUCUGGGAGUCCUCUGCCUCGGUUUGCUAGUAGCUCUGAGUGUCUUGAUUAGCAUAUUUCUUCAGGCUUCCAAUGAAGUGGCAGAACAAAAGAAAACACUUCUCAAGCAACAAGAAAUAAGAAACAACCACACCCAAUUGCAAGAAUCUAUGAAAAACUGCAUGCAGCAAAAAAAGGAUCUUCAAGACCAGUACAGCAUACUCGCUGAUGCUUUGAAAAAGAAAGAGGAAACCUGUGGCCAUUGUGCAAAGAGCUGGAUUCAGCAUGGAGAGAGUUGUUACCAUUUUAGUAAAAAGAUGAAGACAUGGCCUGACAGUAAAAAGUACUGCUCCUCUCAGGGCUCCAGACUGCUGAAGAUUGGAGACAAGGAGGAGUUGGGUUUCAUAACAGGCCUGGCGUGCAUGCACUGGAUUGGGCUAUCCCACAAGAAUAUUUCUUACAGCUGUAAAUGGGAAGAUGGUGCAGUUCACUCCACUCACCUGUUUCCAUUAAGGCCUGUGCAGGAUGGAGGGACCUGUGCUCUUUUCCAUACUGGAAAUGCCUUGGCCUAUAACUGUGCUGAAGAUUUCCGCUGCAUUUGUGAGAAACCAGCCGCUUAACGGAGGAGGAAAUGAGCCUUCAAGAGAGACAUUUACUGGGGUGCUCCAAGGAUGAGGAGAAAUCAUCUUCUCAGAAUGUGUCACACUAGCUUGGAGAGGGAGAAGUUGUAACUCCAGAUGCUAGAACCAGUUCUUUCCUGUGUCCCAAGCUGGUCAGAGCCCACCUGAUGUGGGACUGCCAAUCUCCUUUUCAUGUGUUCAGGAUUCUGCUUACAGUAGCAACUGCUUCAUAAACA